GCAGCAGUGGCGCUCGAAGCAGCAGUGGCAGAGCUCCGGAGAAGCGUCCUCCUCCUGUAGCUGCUCCGUCGGGACAAGGCACUCUCAGCCCAGUCGAGCUCUGAGGGCUUCCCUCCAGGACCAUGCGCAGCUCCGAGCUCUCACUCUUGCUGAUGGCUCUGGUCCUCUGCCAGGCACCCCGGGGGCCAGCUGCCCCGGUAUCAACAGGCGCAGGUGGAGGCACUGUCCUGGCCAAGAUGUAUCCGCGCGGCAGCCACUGGGCUGUGGGACACUUAAUGGGGAAAAAGAGCACAGAUGAAUCCCCGUCCCUGUAUGCAGCUGACAGAGAUGGCCUGAAGGAGCAGCUGAGGGGACAUGUCCACUGGGAAGAAGCUGCGAGGAAUUUGCUGGGCCUCCUAGAAGCCACGGGGAACAGAAGCCACCAGCCACCUCAGCAUCAGCCUCUGGGCAGUCUCCAGCCCACUUGGGAUCCCGAGGAUGGCAGAUACUUUCACGAUGUUCAAAAUGCUAAGUUGGUAGACUCUCUGCUCCAGGUUCUCAAGAGGAAGGAAGAAACUGCCAGCUGAAGGGACAAUGACAAGGGUGGCUUCCAAGGAGCAAGACAAAACCCUUCAGAGACUGCCUUCUGCAAACAUCGACUCUACUGGACCAUCAACAAGAUUUUCUUUUGUGCAAUUUACUUAACUAUUCUCGCAUAUCUUUCAACUAAACUCAUGAUUUUUGAGCAGCAUCUUCUGGUUUGAACCUGUUUUUUUGUGAGUCACUACCUAGAAAGAGCUUUCCAAUGAACGCUUUUUCCAGCUAGGCUUUUCGUUGAUUGGAUUCAGGGUUCCAAUCUGCUACCAUUCACAAUAAAAAGCUUCGGUAAUCACACUGUCUGAAG